AUGGCCUUCAAGCGACUGGUCCGUUUCGCAGUAGGAGACAGUAUCUCCUUCGGCGAUCUACUCAGCGACAAUGGCAGCACAUACAAAGUCAGACCACUGACUGGUGAUCCUUUCACUAAGCUACAGCCCACUGAAGAGGUUGUUCAAGUCGACAAGCCGGCCGAUGCGCUAGCCGGCCCAUUUGAUACCAUUGACGUUCACCCCGACGCUCGUGAGAUGCUCGACUACGAAGGUGAGCUUACCGUUGUUGUGGGCCGAGAUGCGAAGAACGUUUCCGAAGAUGAGGCAUUGGAAUACGUCCUGGGUUAUACGGCCGGGAAUGACCUGUCCGCGCGGAAUUUCCAGGUUCCCGAGGCGUCAGGGAUGCAGUUUGGGUAUUCCAAAUCCUUCGAUCAAUUUGGGCCUAUUGGACAUACCAUUGUUGCGGCCAGCGAAAUUCCAGACCCCCAGGAUCUUCGUCUGGUAACCCGAGUCAACGGGCAGGUCAAACAGCAGACCAGUACAAAUGAUAUGAUCUGGAGUGUUCAGCAAAUUGUCAGCCACCUUUCACGAGGAAUGACUCUUCGCAAGGGGACCGUCAUCAUGACCGGUACACCUGCUGGCGUUGGAUUUUUUAACAAGGAAUUUCUGAAGGCUGGGGACGUGGUGGAGGUGGAAAUCGAGGGCGUGGCGUCCGUCAAGAAUGAAAUCCGGUAUCCUUAA